AUGCAUGUCGCACACAUUCUGCAUCACAUAAAGUGGCGCUUUGCGUCACUAACACCGUUACAAAGAGUGUGUGUCGUCUUGAUUGUCGCUACACAAGUUCUCAUUUUCGCCAUGGUCACAUACUAUGGAGGCGAUCAAAUUCUGCACUCGUUGGCGCGCUUGGCCGCGUGGAUUUCCCAUUCAAAGUUGGGCAUUCUAAUUCUUUAUAUCUCUAUGACAGUCUGUGCACUCCCACCUAUGCAUGGAUUCACGACGUGCAUCACUCUUUUUGGCAUGGCCUUUGCUUCGACAGAUGCCCAUGCCACCAUUUCGGAGCAGGUCUAUACCCUUCUAUAUGCAUGGUUCCUCGCCACAAUCGGGUUGGUUCUUAGUGCCUGCAUUAGCAUGAUGGUGUUACGUCGAGUGCUGCAUCAUUUGCAUGGCCAAUGGCAGAUGUUAGCACGCCUCAGAGAAGACCGCCGAUUCCAAGCCCUGCAACGUGCUAUAACCGAGCAUGGCCUUGUCAUGGCGACUUUGGCGCGUUUCUGCCCGUUGCCAUUUUGCUACACAAACUUACUCCUCGCUUCGCUGGAUUCAUUAUCCUUUGGUACGUUUGCCUUGAGCACCUUUAUCACUGCGCCACGGCUUAUAUUCCCUUUAUUCAUGGGCGCCAAAAUAUACGAGUUGAGUGACCGGGACAUGCGCGACAGUUUGGAUCCCAUGUCACAGCGGAUGAAUGCUGCAUUUAUAUUUGUAAGCAUGCUUUUUGCUGUCGCAUCGAGUUGGUUUAUAUGGCAUCGAACACGUCGCGCCCUUCAUCUUGAUCAACUCCCAUCUGAUGAAGAAGAACCGUCCCUCUCGCUGGACGACGUGCUUUAA